GCAGGCACGUCAUUGGCGCGCCCCAACGGCAUCCGAAAGUACGUCGCCAUUUUGUAACCUAACAGCAGCAGCGGCAGCAGCAGCAGCAGAGAUGAAGUGUGCUCUAUGCGGCGAGGAGUUUGCCGAGGUGCUGCGGCUCGCGCACCACGUGCAGGAGCACCGCAGCAAGCCACACCAGUGCCGCGAGUGCAGCCGCAUGUUCGCGCAGGAGUCGCACCUGCGCUCGCACGCGCUCACCAAGCACGGCAAGAAGGCGACCAAGUGCCCGCAGUGCGACCGCAAGGAGGACAACAUGCUGAUGCUGCGCAACCACCUCGCGAAGGAGCACGGCGCCGAGCAGGUCGACCGCUACCACUGGUGCUUCAGCUGCAACCUGCUCUUCCUGACUCUCGCCGAGUGGACGGCGCACACGGACGGCGUCCACCAGGGCGUGCGGCCAGGCACGUCAUUGGCGCGCCCCAACGGCAUCCGAAAGUACGUCGCCAUUUUGGUAAGAGACGAACAAUGA